ACACGUGAGCAUGACGUUAUUCCCAAUCCCAAGCUGUUGGAACUUUUUGAACCUCGGCCAAAACACUCCUUCAGACUAAUCAUUGCAUGAUAACGCUUCGAUCCUUUUCUAUCCCAUCUCUGUUCGUUAUCAACCCUCUCCCGACCACCUUUACCUUGAUUGCGAUCCCACAGCCCAGGACAUGAGUAUUAUCCUCAUCAACGCUUAGAUGUACUCCGCAUAAGUUCUCCACAUUGAAUGAUCCGUCCCCGGCAUUGUGUCGACAAAGCAAUCUUUGUGAUACAAAAUGCCCGAGUACGAGGUCUCUUACAACCCUGAGCUGGAUACGUACUCCCUCUACCAGCGAUACGAGGAACCCCAACCAAAUAAAGACUGGAAAACCGCCGCCCUCCGUGGUCCCGCCCUUCCUGCCCUGGGCAAUGCCGUAGCCGGUGCCGUUGGAGCAGCGAUAUCCAACGUCGCCACUUACCCUCUGAGUCUCAUUAUCGCCAGACUACAGACACAGAGCCAACACAAACCCAAGAAGCCGAAGACAAACGGUGAAGGCGAACAAGACAAGAAAGAAGACAAAGACGCAGAGAAUGAUACCGAAGAAGACGAAGAAGAAUACAAAGACAUUCUCGACGCAGCGCGCAAGAUCUACGCCCGAGAAGGACUCGGAAGUUUCUACACCGGCCUUGCACAAGACACGGCCAAAACAGUCGCCGACUCAUUCCUGUUCUUCCUAGCGUACGGAUUCUUCCGACAGCGGCGGAUUAAUGCCCGGUAUGGCGCCGCCCGGAAAGGCGGCAAGCACGUUGUCCUCCCUAUACUGGACGAACUAGCUGUCGGCGUUUUAGCGGGCGCGUUCGCGAAGCUGUUCACCACGCCGUUGGCGAAUAUCGUGGCGAGGAAGCAGACCUCGAAGUCGUCAGUAAGCACUAGAAAUAUAGCUGCACGGAUACGAGCCGAGAAGGGGAUCAAGGGGUUCUGGUCGGGGUAUUCGGCCUCGCUCAUUCUUACGCUGAACCCAUCUAUCACAUUCUUCCUUAACGAGUUCUUGAAAUAUACAUUUUUCCCACGGGAGAAGCGUGCGAAACCCUCAGCAGCCGCUACGUUCCUAUUAGCUGCUGUCAGCAAGUCGGCUGCAUCGUCGGUUACGUAUCCGUUCUCGAUGGCUAAAACGCGAGCGCAAGUUACUGGCUCGGGCUCCUCCCCAUCAACGAAAAAAGGGAAUAACGGGGAGAAAGAGGACCCUGAUGAGGGACUGUCGUUAGUACCGCCCAUCAUCUCCAAUGUGAUCAGCAUAGCCCGCACGGAAGGUAUCACAGCUCUGUACGCGGGUCUACCGGCCGAAGUUCUCAAGGGCUUCUUCUCUCACGGAUUCACCAUGCUAGCCAAAGACGCAGUAUACUCCAUUAUCGUGCAGAGCUACUACCUUCUCCUCAUUACUCUCAGACGAUACCCAACCCCAGACGAACUAGUUGAACGAGCCCGUCAGCAAGCCGAGGAAUGGGCUGAGGCCGCCCGUGAAGGGGCCCGGGACCUCGCUGAAAAAGUCAAUGAUACCGACGCUACUAUCCUCGAUCAUAAUCCCGGAAAUGUAGCCAUCGAAAUGGCCUCUAGCGGCCGUAUUCCACCGGCAAUGGACCUGCCAGAAGGAAACGAGACGGCAGACUUAGUAGGAGACUAUGUAGAGGAUGAGGCGACGGAGUGGAGAAGCUUGUAUCAUUGGUUCUGGGAGAAGGAGAAAUAUGGAAAGGAGUAAUGUGCAAUGCAAUACUGUACGUACCUUACUAUGUUUUCGUAUAUGUCGAAGUUAAGCGAGAUUGUAGACGUCGUAUCAUGUUCAUGACAUUAUGUUGUUCCUC